AAUUGACAAAGAAUCUGUCAGUAUCCAAUAACUACUUUGCAACUGGAUAAACUUAUUUUCUUUUUAUUAUUUCACAUUAAAGAAGCCAAUAAAUCUGCGACUUUCUGCGAGUAGUCUUUACACAAAAAACUGCAUGGGUGGGCAGUUGCAAUUGAAUCCUUGUUCUUCAUCUUCAGUUGCUACUACUUUCCAUAAUGGGGCACAUAAGUUUUGCAGAAAUUUUAAUAUUUUACCAUUUAAAGCCCAUUCCCUUGAAUCUUCAGUUGCUAGUACUUUCCAUAAUGGAAUUUAUUCAAGAAUCCAGCCAAGAAAGCAUUUUGAGAUCAUGUCAUCAAAUGGUUUUCAUCUGAAUGCUGUGUCUUUGCUGGAUGGUUCGGCGUCAAAAUCUAUGCCAGAACAAGUGCCUUUGACAGAGUUAGAAAAUGCAGAGACAACUGUCAGCAUAACUGUUAUUGGAGCUUCAGGUGACCUAGCCAAGAAGAAGAUUUUUCCAGCUUUAUUUGCUCUUUUCUAUGAAGAUUGUUUGCCUGAGAAUUUUAUAGUUUUUGGUUAUUCACGAACAAAAAUGAGUGAUGAAGAGCUGAGAAACAUGAUCAGCAAGACCUUAACUUGUAGAAUUGAUCAGAGAGAGAAUUGCGAGGCUAAAAUGGACCACUUUCUGGAAAGAUGCUUUUACCACUCCGGUCAGUACAAUUCUGAGGAUGAUUUUGCAGAACUGGAUUACAAAUUAAAGGCAAAGGAGGGUUCUAGGGUUUCUAAUAGGUUGUUUUACUUAUCAAUACCUCCAAAUAUAUUCGUGGAUGUGGUGAGAUGUGCAAGUCUUAAAGCUUCUUCAACAAGUGGGUGGACAAGAGUCAUUGUUGAGAAACCGUUUGGUCGUGACUUAGAAUCAUCUAGUGAGCUGACCAGAUGCCUAAAGAAGUAUCUAACUGAGGAGCAAAUAUUCCGAAUUGACCAUUACUUGGGAAAGGAACUUGUUGAGAAUCUCUCAGUUCUUCGUUUCUCGAAUCUUGUCUUUGAGCCUCUCUGGUCCAGAAACUACAUACGCAAUGUCCAAUUCAUAUUUUCCGAGGAUUUUGGUACCGAGGGACGAGGAGGGUACUUUGACAAUUACGGGAUCAUCCGAGAUAUAAUGCAAAAUCAUCUCCUUCAAAUAUUAGCAUUGUUUGCUAUGGAAACACCUGUCAGCAUGGAUGCCGAGGACAUCAGAAAUGAAAAGGUUAAAGUUUUAAGGUCAAUGAGGCCAUUGCAGCUUGAAGAUGUGGUACUUGGCCAGUAUAAAGGUCAUAGCAAGGGUGGUAAAUUAUAUCCAGCUUAUACAGACGAUCCAACUGUGCCAAACGGUAGUGUCACUCCAACGUUUUCUGCUGCUGCACUCUUUAUUAAUAAUGCACGCUGGGACGGGGUUCCUUUCCUCAUGAAAGCUGGAAAAGCUCUCCAUACUAGGAGGGCGGAGAUCAGGGUACAGUUCAGACAUGUUCCUGGAAAUUUGUACAAAAAGAACUUUGGAACUGAUCUAGAUAAGGCCACAAAUGAGCUAGUUCUGCGCUUACAACCUGAUGAAGCCAUAUAUUUGAAGAUCAACAACAAGGUUCCUGGUCUUGGAAUGAGACUUGACCGGAGUGACCUUAAUCUUCUUUACAAAGCAAAGUAUCGAGGUGAAAUACCAGAUGCAUAUGAGCGGCUUCUGUUAGAUGCAAUAGAAGGAGAGCGAAGAUUGUUCAUUAGAAGUGAUGAGCUGGAUGCUGCAUGGGCUCUAUUUACACCAUUGCUGAAGGAGCUAGAAGAGAAGAAGAUCGCGCCAGAGCUUUAUCCGUAUGGCAGUAGGGGUCCAGUAGGAGCACAUUAUCUAGCUGCAAAGCACAACGUUCGUUGGGGAGAUCUGUCUGGUGAUGAUUGAUUGUAUCCGUACACAUCUUCUCCCCAAAAUUGGAGCGCGAACUUUCAAAAAUAUUGACUAUAAAUGUAUGAA